GUUUUCAUGUCAAAAUGGGUAACGCUGUAACUUUGUGUUGUGUGGGCUAUUUUCUAUGCAUUAUACCAUUAGCAGAAUUUUACGUUAAAUGGUUGAAACGACUGUCAAGUCAGUAUUUACCGUUUUACAAGCGAAUACAUACUCUGACGCGGAAAGGAGCACUCUAUGAAAGAAGGAGAAGAAGAUACGAUCUUGAAUGUUUCCGACCAUUAAUUACUCUAUUUUAUCAAGGAUGGAUACAAUGUGGAAGGAAACUGCUUGUGUUGACUGACUCGGGAUUACUAUGAAAUGUAGAGUGCAUCAAUGAGACCAAAAUUUCGAGCAUCUAAACUGUCGACCAGGAAAAGUAAAUUUUACUUAUACCAGUAUCUCUGUUUUAAUAAAGGUAUACGUCCAUGUCGUGAUAGGCCACGCCUGACGAGGAUUUACAAAAAAG